UGGGGACCGCACAUUUUUACGGUCAUUUCACGUUUUGUACAUCUGAACGUGAGCGUGGAAAAGGACGUACGCCACGUUUUUGUGCGUACGCAACCUUAGUACAUGAGGCCCCAGGACCGGUUUGUUGGUUCUCCUCCGUGGGGUGAACAUCACAAGGACACACCUUCAGUCAGGGUUACGAGAACAUUCAUUAAAUUGGUUAAAAUGUAUUUCUAGAUCUUCAUAUAUAUAUAAUCAGUGAUUACACUCAUGAUAAAUAUAAUACUAGUAACCAGUGGCGUCACUAGGCUGCACUAAUAUCCGGGGCUAAAGCUACAUUUAAUUAGCCCCAAAUGUAAUCUUUGGGUAAAAAAAAAAAGAAAUUCAAUAUUUAUUGAUAUAUUUACUGGUAACUAUGGAAUGCAUCAAUUCAAUUCAGUCUAGAAGUGAUGAAAUUAUUCUAGUCACUGAUGGUAGUUAGUUAUUUAGAAAAAUAUGUUCUUUAAAAAAACAUUGCACCUAUGUAGAUACUUUAGAAUAUUAAUACAUUCUUGUUGAAGCCAAGACAAAGAGAGCACUGUGUCGAGCGUGACACUGCAGGGUUCCCAAUGCCUCUGAAUUAUUCAGAGGCAUAAUAAUAAUAAACAGCUCACAUAGGACACAGUUGAAUUAGACUCAUUUUUUUACUCUCAAAGUGCACCAGAUUGAAGCAUUUCACAUUGAAUGGUAAAAAAAAAAUGUAGUGAAGGGGGGUAUUCUAUCAACACACUCGUUUUGAUUGAUAAUAUUUGUAUGGAUGACAGUGGGCGGGUGACAGUGCAUUCCCCACACAGUGAUGCAAUAGAUAAUACAAAACGGCUUUGUGGCGCAGAUUCUUUUUUUUUUAGGUGCUUGUUGUGCUCCCGAUGUGUCAUGGAAGAGACUGGAUGUAGGGCGGAGCCAAGGCUGCCUAUAAAACAGAACAACGACACCGUUAGGUUAGUUACAUUCUGUCUUAAAGAAGAAGGAGCUGUAUUGUAUCUUGCUGCUGAAAAAUGGCCGGAAACCCUGCGGACCAGGGCCGCGACUUUGACCGCUCUCCAGAGAAUUUGAAGGCAAUAUUAAGGGAAACUUUUCGUCUUGAGGAGUUUCGGGACAAUCAACUUGAAGCAAUUAAUGCAUCGAUUUUGGGAGAAGAUGUCUUUGUUGUUGGUGGUAAUGGUGCUGGUAAAAGCCUUUGCUACCAGCUUCCAGCCUGCUUGUUUGCUGGAGUCACUGUGGUGAUCUCUCCAUCCAUCUCCCUCAUCCAGGACCAGAUCCAGGAACUCACUGAACUGGGUAUUGUGGCCAGGACUCUCUCGGGUGAUAUAGGUCCCAGCGCUGCAGAUAGUAUCUACGAACAGUUGUCUGAAGAGCGUCCGAAAAUCAAACUGCUGUAUGUCACCCCCGAGAAGGUGAGUAUGAGUCGUCCGCUGAUCAACGCUCUGGAGAGCCUGCGUGACCGUAAACUUCUGAUUCGGUUUGUUAUUGAUGAGGCCCAAUGCAUCACUGAGUGGGGCGACCACUUCCGGCCAGACUACGGGAGGUUGAAUGAGCUGCUGCAGAGGGACUUUUCGGAGUUGCCCAUAAUUGCUCUGUCAGGCCCCGUCGCCCCCCCCAUCCAGGAGGACAUCCUCAAACAGCUGCAGAUGAACGACCCUCAGGUGUUCACUAUGACGUUUUUCAAAACAAAUCUAAAGUAUGCCGUACGGACCAAAACACAGGAUGUGGCAAACGACUGCCAUACCUGGAUCAAGAAGCACUACCGACAUGACUCGGGCAUCGUGUACUGCUGGAGACAAGACGACUGUGACUCAAUGGCAAAGAGCCUGGAGAGGGCAGGCCUGAAGGCAUGUUCGUAUCACGCAGGGAUGACUGACGAAGACAGAGAGAGUGUGCAGAACAAGUGGAAUGAAAAUGAAUGCCAGGUCAUCUGUGCCACCGUAGCCUUUAGCAUGGGCAUCAACAAGCCGGAUGUGAGGUACGUGAUCCACAGUUUUCUGCCCAAGUCCAUGGAACAGUACCUAUGGCAGACAGGGCGGGCCGGCAGAGACGGGGAAAUCUCCCACUGCAUCCUGUUCUACUCCAACCUUGACAAGAACCAACUUCACUAUGUCAUCAGCAUUGAUGAAUCUAUGACUGAAGAAUCCCAGAAGAGGAAAUUGAACAACCUAGACCCCAUUGCACAAUACUGCCAGAAUACGAAUGUCUGCAGAAGAACACAACUGCUUUCUUACUUUGGUGGGGUCAAAACUGAAGCCAACUUAUGCAAGGAAAACGCAGAAGCCAUCUGUGACAACUGCGAAAGGGCCAAUGAGAUGAUGAAUGUCAAGGAGGAGGGAGAAGGAGAAAUGACAUGAUCGUCCAUCCCUAAGUCUGAAGGAAGUGGAGCUAUGAGUUCCCAGGCAGGUGCUGCUGCUACCGGCUGAAAUCCAGGCUUCAGUACCAUCCCUACCCCCCAGACCAACCAGCAACCCUUCUCCAAAACCAGCAGAAUAGGAUUAAUUUAAUCACGUGUAGUUUAAACUCUCCUCUGUCCAAAAUAGACCAUAGAGCCAAGACACAAUGUUCAAUCCUUUUGGUCACAUACGACACUAUAGGGGGACAUUGAUUCUUUGAUAGGAAUACAUUUAAUAAUCUAAUCGCCAUGUCUGGAAAAUAUUGUGUCACACCCAUUGGGAAGGUCUUGAUGCUAGUAUAUUGAUACCACAGCAUUGCUUGGCUUAGAUGGUAACGUUUUUUUUGUGGGGGUGGUGGCCUGACUGUCUUCUGUGUGCAAUUUGCUGUGUUAUGUAGGCCUAUUGAUUUUAAUAAAUGUCCUUAGUGUUUGUUCGAUAACCCCUUUGAGAAAUGGCAUGGCAGUGGCACUAUCCAUUCAUUAUCUUAUUCCAAGUAGAGCACAAGUGAGAGAUUUGUGUAAUAAUCAAAACAAACUUAAAUAGAAUGGGAGAAAUUUACUACAGGUUUAAAAAUUAUAAUCAUGAUCUUGCCUUUAUCUUAAAUCAAAGAGUAUCUAAGUGCCUUACAGCUUAUAUAACUAAUGUUUUAGAUGUAAAUUAUUUACUUUGAUUCCAAGUGAUAAUAAAGUCUUUAUCUUUCAAACUU